UCCUUUCUGAUUGGCUGUCGUCCAGGAAGUAGGAGUCGGCGCUUACUUGACGUUCAUGUGGGACACUGAGGAGAAACAGGCUGAUUUGUGGGGCUGAGCUCGCUCGAAGCUCGCGGAGGCUUUUGGGGAGAAUGGAGAUCAAAGCGGUGCGGCUCGCUUUUAUCUUCUUCACCGCCGCAGUGACUGCGCAGCUGCAGCAGCAGGAGGAAGAUGAGGAUGGAGGAGGAUGGUUCUCGGCCUCAGACGUCAGGUCUCAGGAUGAAGGUCGGUGUAACAUCGACGUGCUGGACGGCUCGUCGCUCUCGUACCAGCAGUUCAUGGAGAGGUACGCGUACGGCAGGCCGGUCAUCCUCAGAGGCCUCACUGACAACACCAAAUUCAGGCUUCUGUGCUCCAAGUCGAGCUUACUGAGAGAGUACGGCGCCCACAGAGUGAGGCUCAGCACGGCCAACACCUACUCCUACAGGAAAGUGGACGUUCCCUUCCAGGAGUACGUGGACGAGUUUCUGAGGCCUCAGUCUGCGGACGCCCUCGGCAGCGACACGCUGUAUUUUUUCGGGGACAAUAACUUCACCGAGUGGCAGAGUCUCUUCGAGCACUACGAGUCUCCGCCGUACGUCCUGCCGCUCACCAGCGGAGCGUACAGCUUCGGCAUCGCAGGUCCUGGAACAGGAGUCCCCUUCCACUGGCACGGCCCGGGAUACUCCGAGGUCAUCUACGGAAGGAAGCGGUGGUUCCUCUACCCGCCCGAUCAGGAGCCUCACUUCCACCCGAACCGCACCACCCUUUCCUGGGUCACAGAAACGUACCCCAACCUGCUGGAGGACGAGGCCCCGCUGGAGUGCACCAUCCGACCCGGAGAGGUGCUGUAUUUCCCCGACCGUUGGUGGCACGCCACUCUAAACCUGGACACAAGCGUCUUCAUCUCCACCUUCCUGGGCUGAGCUCUCAGGACGUCUUUAAGGAUUUCCUGGCACAUUUUAAGAAAACUGACUCACGGAGGGAUUCAACCGCAAAUAACAGAUUUGUGUCAUUUUAGGAUGUCUGCAGUUUAAUUCUGCAGACCUCUGUGGAUCACAAUCACAGAUUACUCAUUUAUUUUAGCAGGUUGUUGUAAUGUUGACCAUCACGCUGUGUUUCUGCACUCUGGAAGCUGAAUUCAGCUCUGAUCACCGUGUGCUGCAACAGGUUUUACUUGAAAUCAAAUGCAAACAUCUUUUUUUUUUUUUGAUGGGAUUUGAUUUUCUGUCAUGUUAACUUUUUUACGGCGACCCCGAGGGGUCACGGAGAACCAAUAAAGUACUUAAAAUCCUGGGAAUUAAA